AUGGCGGUUUUGGAUUCUGGAGGCGUCGCUGUGCCGACGGAGAACGGCGUUGCGGAUCUCGACAGGCUUCAUCGUCGUAAAUCGAGAUCGGAUUCUUCCAACGGACUUAUCUCCGAUACUUCCCCGUCAGACGAUGUUGGAGCUGCGGCGGCCGAAGACGCGAGGGAUCGGGUUGAUUCCGCUGUCGAGGAGGAGGCUCAGGGAACAGCGAACUUAGCUGGCGGAGAUACCGAAACUAGGGAAUCCGGCGGAAGAGGAGGAGGAGGAAACGGCGAUGUAAGGUUUACGUAUCGGCCGUCGGUUCCAGCUCAUCGGAGGACGAGGGAGAGUCCUCUCAGCUCUGACGCUAUCUUCAAACAAAGCCAUGCAGGGUUGUUCAACCUCUGCGUAGUUGUUCUUGUUGCCGUUAACAGUAGACUCAUCAUCGAAAACCUCAUGAAGUACGGUUGGUUGAUCAGAACUGAUUUUUGGUUUAGUUCUACAUCCCUGCGAGACUGGCCGCUUUUCAUGUGUUGUCUUUCACUUUCGAUCUUUCCUUUGGCUGCCUUCACGGUCGAGAAAAUGGUACUUCAGAGAUUCAUAUCUGAGCCUGUUGCCAUCAUUCUUCAUGUUAUUAUAACCUUGACAGAGGUCUUGUAUCCAGUCUACGUCACACUGAGGUGUGAUUCUGCCUUCUUGUCAGGUGUCACGUUGAUGCUGCUCACUUGCAUUGUGUGGCUGAAGUUGGUUUCUUACGCUCAUACUAGCUACGACAUAAGAACCCUAGCUAAUUCAGCUGAUAAGGUCGAUCCUGAAAUCUCCUACCAUGUUAGCUUGAAGAGCUUGGCGUAUUUCAUGGUUGCUCCUACACUGUGUUAUCAGCCAAGCUAUCCACGUUCCCCAUGUAUACGGAAGGGUUGGGUGGCUCGUCAAUUUGCGAAACUGGUCAUAUUCACUGGACUCAUGGGAUUUAUAAUAGAGCAGUAUAUAAAUCCUAUUGUAAGGAACUCAAAGCAUCCGUUGAAAGGGGAUCUUCUAUACGCUAUUGAAAGAGUGUUGAAGCUUUCAGUUCCAAAUCUAUAUGUGUGGCUCUGCAUGUUCUACUGCUUCUUCCACCUUUGGUUAAACAUAUUGGCAGAGCUGCUCUGCUUCGGGGACCGUGAAUUCUACAAAGAUUGGUGGAAUGCAAAAAGCGUUGGAGAUUAUUGGAGAAUGUGGAAUAUGCCUGUUCAUAAAUGGAUGGUUCGACAUGUAUACUUUCCGUGCCUGCGCAUCAAGAUACCAAAAGUACCCGCCAUUAUCAUUGCUUUCUUAGUCUCUGCAGUCUUUCAUGAGUUAUGCAUCGCAGUUCCUUGCCGUCUCUUCAAUCUAUGGGCUUUCAUGGGAAUUAUGUUUCAGGUCCCUUUGGUCUUUAUCACAAACUUUUUACAAGAAAGGUUUGGCUCCAUGGUGGGAAACAUGAUCUUCUGGUUCAGCUUCUGCAUUUUCGGACAACCCAUGUGUGUUCUUCUUUAUUACCAUGACCUGAUGAACCGCAAAGGAUCCAUGUCCUGA